AUGAGUGAAGAGGAGAAACAGCCGAUUUCCCCUACUGAUGUAGAAGCCAAGCUUCAUGACGACUGCACAAAUCACAAGGUUUUAGUGCCGAGAUUGGAUCUUGGAGAUAUGUCAUCCAAGUCAGGAGAUACGAGUAGACGAAAAUCAGAACAACAAAGAAAGUUAAUGCCGUUAUGGGCAUAUUUUUCUUUACGUGGGUUCUUCCAAUUGAUUGGUCGUACCGUUGGAGGAAAUCCAUUUGCAUAUAUCACUGUUGCCAUAUUAUUAAGCAUGAACUCAAUUGGAAUGUAUAAAAUGGUCUUAAAGGAUAGAAUACGGGAUGGCUAUACGCCAAUAAAUGCUCCAAGUCGAUACGAAACGGAUGUCAUUAGAGAAUUUUGGAAUUCAACAGGAGAUCCCAUGAUGACGCUGUUUUUAUUAUUGGCUAAAGAUGGCGGAUCAAUGCAUCGAAAAGAAUAUUUGGAUGAAGCUCAGCGCUUAACGCAAUUUAUGCAUCAUAACUUCACAGUGGAACAUAAAGAUGAGAAACUUAAAUUUCUGGAAAUGUGCCAUCCAUAUUGUAAUAUGAAUAAGGUUUUCGAAAUCUUUAAGGAAGGAUUUGAUGAAGAAUAUCAUAGAGCUCUCUAUAAUCAAAGUUUCUCAGAAAAUACAAAUUUAUCUUUUCCGGUCACAAACGUUAAUGGCUUUGAGAUUCAAUUAGAGCGAUCUUUGUUUGGAGUCAAAAUGACUGCACCCAAUUCAACCAAAAAUUCUAUUGAACAACAAAUAACGAAUAUGGACUAUGUAAAGGUUUUACUAUUCAUAUUCCGCGGUGACAAAGGUGAUGCCAAGCGGGAGGCUCAAUUUGCAGCUUGGGAAUUAGCUGCAUAUGAUUGGAGCUUAAAUGAAUAUAAUAGUACCUAUAUUGAUCUCAUGGUGGUUGGAACUGAAAUCCUUGAUGCCGAGAUGAUUCGUGAUGGACGACGCAUGACUCCAUUUUUUGCUGCCGGAUUCGGUUUUAUGAUAUCAUUUGUGAGCAGUUGUGUUUAUGCAAGCGCUGUUUAUUAUGGUUCUGUUGAUCGAGGCAAAAUUCUGGUUGGUAUCGGAGCAACACUCUGUCCAAUCUUAGCUAUAACAUCAACUUACGGAAUAAUUUCAUUCAUGGGAUGUCGAGUAAACUCAUUUAUGCUUGUUAUGCCUUUCUUAAUAAUGGGCAUUGGUGUUGAUGAUAGUUUCCUUAUGCUUCAUUCGUGGCAACGCAUGAGUCGCUAUGGUUAUUCCGUAGUAGAGCGAUUAGGAAUGGUUUACGAAGAAGUGGGGCCGAGUAUAACAAUUACUUCUUUAACAAAUUUCUUGUCUUUUGGAAUAGGUGCACUUACACCAACACCAGAAAUAAGACUUUUCUGUAUGGCAACAGCUAUUGCUAUGGCUUUAACAUAUGUUUUACAAAUAGUUUUGUUCGGCCCUGUUCUAGCUAUCGCGACACGGUUUGAACAUCCAUCAGCAGAAUAUACCAAAGAAGCUACUGGAUGGAGAAAGACUGUUGAUCAAGUAUCUCAGAGAGUCUUACGCUUCUAUUGUAAACUUAUUGGUCAUCGAGCUUUUAUGAUUUUCAUUAUUGGAGCAACAGUUGUUUACUGGUAUUUCGGCAUAAUUGGAAUUAUGAAUAUCAAAACACGUCUUGAUGCUGUAAAGAUUCUGCCAAGAGAUUCUCCAAUUCAACGUCCUAAUUAUAUUCUCACAAACAUUAUUUGGGCUGAAUAUCAUCCAGUCACCAUAUUGGUUAAUAGUCCAUUAGAUAUAUCUAAUCAUACACAAACCAGUCGUUUUUGGGAUAUGGUAUCAGAGUUCGAAAGCAUGCAUAAUGCUAAAGGACCUUCCUCCUCUAUGAUUUGGCUUCGUGACUUCAUCCAAUUUACGUAUUAUGGUGAACCAAUUGAUAUCUUAGCUUCUCUUUUUGGUAUAAAGAAGGAGAAGAAAGAUGUUCCGAUUGACCCUUACAAGGCUAAUUUAACAACUGCCCAGCUAUACAGUUUCUUAGAGUCUCCUUUCUAUGAGCAUUGGAAAACUUUCAUGAAAAUCAAAAACACAAGUUCUACACCUGUCGUUGAGAGAUUCUGGUUCACCGUAGCUUAUCAUAAUACUUCCACCUGGGAGACUAGAAUUGGGUUGAUGGAAGAUUGGAGAGAAGUCGCCAACAAGUAUACCGAUCUCAAUACUACCGUUUGGGAGCCAAAUGGCAUGUUCGUAGACCAAAUGCUCAGUUUGAAAACCGUUGCGAUGCAGACUGGUGUCUUGACUUUGGUUUGUAUGGCGGUUGUCUGUGCAAUUUUCAUUCCAAAUCCAUGCAGUGUCAUAACAGCUUCUAUAGCUAUAGCUUCAAUUAGCAUUGGAGUUGUUGGAUUUUUGUCGUGGUGGAACUUCGAUUUGGAUCCUGUAGUUAUGGCAGCAGUUCUUAUGACAAUCGGAAUGAGUGUAGAUUUCAUAGCUCACGUAUCAUAUCAUUAUCAGCUUACAAAUAAGAAAGUUAUAAGAAAUGGUAAAGUAGUGAAAAUAGCAGUCUCUGGGCCACAAGAGAAACUGGAACAUACAUUAGAGUCGGUUGGGUGGCCUAUGAUUCAAGCUGGUGUAUCUACUAUAUGUUGUAUCUUACCUCUUCUGUUUUUGGCGAGCUAUUCUCCUUCUGUUUUCGUUGCCGCCAUAUUUUUGGUUGUCUCUUGGGGAGCUCUUCAUGGUCUUGUGAUAUUACCGAGCUUUCUUGGAAGUUUACCGGAUUGCUUAACAAAUGCCAAUUGUUAUAGAACAUUCCUAUCAACGUCAUCGGAGAAAAGUUGUCGAUAUGUUGGGAAGAAGGAAGAUGUCGAUUCAGACAUUGAGCCAGACGAUCAUGGUGUUUAUCCUCCAUCCCAGAAAGCUGCUGAAAGGCAGCAAUUAGCUACUUAA